GCAUCUGCAUCUGCCGCGACCGGGGGCCAAUCAAAGCGCCCUCCCCUCAACCAUCACGCCAGCGACCAAAGCGACGCCAACACUGUCACCUCCUCGGGCCAUCCGCAUCACCGCCCCAAACACCAGAAACAACGCCACGUCGGCCGCCUCCACGCCCGCGUGCCCUCCUCCAGCAAGGUCCUGCACAAGCCGCACAACAGCUCGUCUCGAGUCAAUCUAGGCAAGAAGCAGGGCUCUCCCACCGACCUCGAGGCUCAAUUCGCUCAGCGACCCGUGCCGCACCGCCGCGCGACCAGCGAGGUCAAAUUAUUAACGCAGCCAGACUCGGCGACGGCCAUCCCCAAGAGCUUGUCCCAGAGCAACCUGAAGCGCAAUCGUUCGCACGUCGAGAUCAGCAAGCGCACCAAAUCCUCCUCGUCUGACAAGCUAAAACGCAGCGCCAGCGGCACCGGCAUUCACAAGGCAACAAAGUCCCAGGUUCACUUCGACCUCGGUUCGGAUGACCCAGAAGACGAAUGGGUUGAUGCCAGUGGCUCUAAUUCGCCUUAUUUGUCGCGAAAGGGCUCAUUAAACAGCAGCACGCAUUCUUCGUUCCCCCCCGGAGGCAGUGCGGCACAUUCCCGCCCGCAGACUCCAAGCGCGUCGAAAGCAGCGCCGGAGGUGGCAUCAUUAAUAGAAGAAUCAGCAGAGGCUUCAACGGAAGCUUCGACAGCGCAACCGGAAUCAUCGCCAUCGCCCGAUCGUAAAACGGCAGAGCGUAAAGACUACCCGACGACGCGACUGCUACAGCGAGUCGCAUCUCACGGCGCUCCCCCUCAAAUGUCCACAGAAAUGGCAAAGGCUACUCCCACGCACAUCUCGCCUGCCUCGACCAGCCAUGAGCCCUCUCCGCCGACCGGAAGCCAGCCAGAGGGACUUAUUUCGCGCUUCGUCGAAGUCCCCAGCUCAGGCCUCACCAGCGAGGGUUCAUUCUACAACCCCGUUCGCGGAGGGGGCUCCCAUCGAUCUGAGGACCUUGUUCGACGGCCGCAUUCAAUGGCCAACUUAUCGAGAUCCCACGAGUAUCAUCCUAGCGAAGAUGUGUCGCCUAUAGAAAGUGAUAUCAGCGCUCUGGUACCUAAACCCGCCAGGAGAACAGCGGCGCCCUCGGCAAUCACAUCGCGUACACAACAGAAGCUCAACUUGCAGCGCGCAAGUUCAUCUCUUGAGCCUGGACAAGCUGUUCCUGGUCUGGGUGGAGCUGUAGGAAGCGGACCUCUAAUUGGUAUUGGAGAUCCAGGACAUGAUGGAGGCAACAGCCGAGACCCUCGUGUCACUAAGCUCUUGGAGCGGACGGGGAUGGAAUAUCUGGUUGUCCGGCGUCACCAAAAUCCCAUUGUAAGAUCAUUGAACCGCCUUAGCCACAUUCCAGGGAUGGACAAGACCAAGAGGAUCCCUCGUACCAAUACGGGCUCAACGACAGCCAGCAAACGGUCAGCGGAUCCCACAGCUCGCCAUGUUCGAAACACUAGCAUGCCCGAAGGUCGCCAAGCACCUUCAAUUAAACGAACGGCGUCGGUGAAAACCAACGGCACCAACGGCGCAGGCUCGAGCUACGAAGGAGAUGAUGUGAGCCGACUGAAUGAAAGGCUUAGUGGCUCCAGCUUGGUCGGAGGCGAGGAGGAGGAUGUUAUGACCGGUCUCCUUCGCAACCUCUGGGAUAAACCAAUGGAUCUCAGUGCCAGCACAGACUAA